AUGGCUGCGGAUGGCUCGCCGACGGCGGCGGAAGCAGCGGCUGCUACGAUGGCAGCGGGGCCGGGAGGGCUUAUCGACACGAAGGCCUACGGCAAGCUGCGCUCCUUUGACGGCAAGGAGGAAAGCUGGGCCACAUGGUGCUUUGUGGCCAGGAGCUACUUUACGGUGCUGAGCCAUGACUUUGAUUCUCUGCUGGAGGAAGCAGAGGCGCAGCCGGCAGGCGGAAUGAGGAUGGCACGGCUCUCCGAAAGCGGCAAGCUUCACUCAAGGACGCUCUACCACAUCUUGGCGCAGAGCGUGGAAGGCAAGGCCCUGAGCAUCCUGAUGAACGUGGAGAAGCAGAAUGGCUUUGAGGGCUGGAAGGCCCUGGCCGGCACACCAGCAUGCACAUGGGCAUCAUCAGCCCGAGCUGGGAAAAAGAGCACCGAGGCCACGUUCCUGGAGGACUUAGAGAACUGGGAGGUGCUCAUCCGCCGGUACCAGGACCAGGCGACCGACAUUGUCACCUCGGCGACCAAGAUAGCCAUCUUGAUGAAGUAUGCCCCGGCUUCCCUCCGCAGUGCCCUGAGGACCAACGCCACCAACAUGGGCACACACUACAAGAAGGUGAAGAAGUUCAUAAGGGACUGGCUCCAGAGUGGGGUCACUUAUGGCAGCAUGGGUGAGACCAGACCUGGGGGCCAGCCGGGCCCGGACAAAGGCGGGCCACAGCCCAUGGACCAGGACGGCAGCCAGACCGCGGCGGCGGUGUACUACGACCUCGCGGCUGACGAGGAGGACGGCGAGACCGUGGAGUACGAGCUUUCUCCCCGGUGGGUCAUGGCUAUCGGCGCGGAGUUCUCGGAGGAGCUCCCCGCGAACCAGGACGGGCAACCGGAGCUCGUCCUUUACGACUCGGGGUCGGAUGAGAACGUGUGCCCCCAAGGUCGCCAGCGGAGGCUGAGGUUUGACGUGGAGACCGUGUGCGGGAGGACAGCUCAGGUGGAGGGAGUCUUCCAGGUGAGCAGAUCGUGUGUGAAGCCCGUGGUCUCGGCAGGGAAGCUCAUGAGGAAAGGCUUCCACUCACAACUUGCGAGGCACGGCGGCUAUGUGUGGCACCCCAGCGGCCUCCACUUCGAGCUCCACGUCCGGGGGAAUGCCACCUACUUCUGGGUCAAGAACGUGACGGCGAUACCCGCCGGCACGGCCAGCCCGAGGAGCAGCCAAGAGCAGCGAGGCAACGUGGCGGCCCCAGUGGAGCAGGAAGGCGGCCGGGAACUUUGGGAACAGGCCGGCCAGGAGCACGACGAGGGCGAGAGCGAGACCGAUCGCCGCGGCAAGUCCAAGCUCACGCCUUUCGACAAAGCGGAGAAGCUGAAGGCCAGACUCAAGGAGCUGGGCCAGCCGCGGUACGGGAGCAAGCAGCAGCUGUGGAAGCGUCUGGAGAAGGCCGAGCGGGAACACCAAAAGACCCUCAAGCAGCACCAGGCUCGGCAGAAGAAGCUUCGGGAAGGCACCGCGGAGCCGGCAGCCACGCCGGCCGGACCUCAGGACCCAACGCCGGAACAGCGAGCACAGCACGAGCUCACGCACCUGCCGCCGGAGCCCUGGUGUGAGCAUUGCAUCAAGGGCAGAGCCAUCGACACGGCCCACCGCCACGUGCCCCUGGAGCUGAAGGCGACGAAUCCCAGGGUUGAGGUGGACUACUCCUUCAUCAAGGCGACGGGGAUGGCGACGGCGGCCUGCUUGCCGAGCAAGAACUACGACCCGGACUAUGUGAGCAGAUGGCUGGGCGAGUUCGUGACGAGCCUCGGGCACACCAAGGUGGUCAUAAGGACCGACGGCGAGCCGGCGGUGUUGGCCAUCGGCAAGCGGCUCCUGGACACCUUUCGCAAGGACCUGGUGGUGUACUUCCAAAGGACCCUCAAGACCGAUGUGCUGACCCUGCGGUACGACAUGGAGGCCAAGUACCAGAUGAAGCUGCUCACCUCGCACAACGCGUGGCCCUGGAUGGUUCGCUGGGCGUCUUUCUUGAGAAGCCGGUUCGGCAUCAAAGCCAACGGCCGCACCGCCUACCAGGACGCCUUCGACACUUCCUAUUCCGGGGAGAUCCUGCCCUUCGGCGAGACGGCUAUGUUCAGGACGCCAAUCAGCAAAACGGGGGCAGUACAAGGACGCAAGCGGCAGCUGAAGGGCGACAGCUUGUGGCGCCAAGGCAUCUUCCUGGGAAAGAGCGUCGCCACCAACGAGUUCAUCUUCGGCACCGAGGACGGGGUCUACGCGGCCAGAGCUGUGAGACGGUUGCCACCGACUGGCCGCGCCAACAAGGAGCUCCUCAACAAGUUCGUCGGGCUCCCUUGGGACACCAAGAGCACACUGAAGGGACCCAGGCGACUCGCCAUGUCGCGAGGAGGGAUGGAAGCACAGCCAGCGGCGGCGAUGGAAGGAAGCCAGGCACCGGAGACACCGGCAAUGGACAUCCCGGCCACACCGGCCACCGCGGCACCAGCGACUCCCAGGACGGCUCCUCCAGAAGGCUCGGGCAAGAAGCGCAGGACGAUAGACCAGGAAGUUCGGGACAAGAUUGCCGAGCGCGACCUGGACGACGCCGAGAUCGCAAGGAACUCAGGUUCCGCAGGCUGCGGGGCCGAGCCGCCCACAGGUGCACCAAUGGAGACCGAGGCCGGCGGCGACAACAAGAGGGCGGCCGAGGGAGACCCAGCAGAGGCCAAGAGGAUCAAGAUUGGCAAUGUUGCGGCAGCCACCCUCUACAAGCCCCAGGAGGAACAGAGCUGUUUCGAGGAGUGCGAAGAAGAAUGGUGGGAUGCUGAGACGGAGGGCGCUGACGGCGACAAGGAGAUCCACGACUUCAGUCACCGCAUCCCGGAGGUCCUGGAGGGCAAGAUCAAGGAGCUCAGGAAAAUGGACAAGUAUGAUACAUACGAGCCAAGGCCAGCAGCCGAGGCAGCCGGGAAGAAGAUCCUGGACAGCACCUGGGUUAUCCGAGAGAAGCCCGACGGGAUUGAUGUGUUUGCGGUGGCAUCCUCCCAGGCGACUUCUCGAAUCAUCGACUCCAUCGGGGUCAAGAAGGGGUACGUGUUCUUUACCUUGGACGCUGAGAACGCCUUUUGGCAGGUGCCCAUCGACGAGGAGUGUUACAUGUAUCCUCCAGAGGAAUGGCUCGAGGAGCGCAGGGAGAAGGGCCUUAGCACCGACGUGCUAUGGAGGCUCAAGAAGGAAUGGUAUGGGAGGAGGAUCGCCGGGCAAAAGUUCGUGGACUGGGCGGCGAAGCAAGCGGGCAGUGAAGGCUUCGAGAGAUCAGUGGUGGUGCCAUGGUUCUUCCACCACGGGGCCCGGGACAUCAGCAUGGAAGUGCACAUGGACGACUUCCACGGCACGGGCCCAGAGAGGGAAUCCAUCGAGUUCCUCGAGGCCCUGUCUUUGAAGGUGGUCAUGAAGUACCAGAUACACCGCGUGGGGGACACCUACGAGCACCUGCGUCGGCUGAGGACGCUGACCCCUACAGGGAUGUUUGUGCAGCCGAACCCCAAGUACCUGGAGGGCAUGCUCAAGAUCCUUGGGUUGGAGCAUGCCAAUGCAGCACCCACGCCAGAGGCCAUCGGGAAGGAUGUGGUCGACGAGACGCCCCUGGACAAAGCCAAGGCGGCGGACUUCCGCUCCUGCGUGGGUGCGGAGCUGACCAAGGAGAUGAAGAACCCGACGGUCAGCGGGAUGAAUGCACUGCGUCGCUUGACGCGGUACCUCAAGGGCACCAAGGACCAUGGAGUUUGGUUGCCGGCUGGGGGCGACAUGGAAUCCCUCAAUGUGGCCUCGGACACAGACUGGGCAAGCUGCAAGAAAACCAGGAAGAGCUGCGGGGGAGGCGUCUUCAUGUGGGGCGACUGCCUGAUAGGCUCCUACAGCAGAGGGCUCUCGAUGAUAUGCCUGAGCAGCGGCGAGGCCGAGUUCAACGGCGGCGUGAUUGCCACGUCGGAGGGCAUCUUCUACAAGGAGGUCCUCGACUUCUUCCGCAUCCCGGUGGUCCUUAAGAUUUACUUGGACAGCAGUGCAGCGAGAGGGGUCUUUCAGAGAGAAGGAGUGGGAAGAAUUCGGCAUCUGGAGACGAAGUCCCUGUGGGUGCAAGCCGGGCUCAAGGAGAAGAAGUUCCAGCUCCUGGCGGUGGACACCCAGAACAACGCGGCCGACAUCCACACCAAAGGCAUGAACGCCGAGCGCUUCGUGAUGCUGCGCACCAUGCUCGGGGUGAUCGACAAUGUCCCGGGGCAGGCCGAGGUGAGGGCGGAGGUUGCCAAGGAGAUGUUUAACAGCAUCAAAAAAGGGGUCGGCACCAUGAAUGCAAAGAAGCUAGCGGCGGCCAUCAUGAUGAGCCAGGUCCCCGGGGCGACGGCCACUGAAUUGGUGGUCACCGGGAGCAACAAGCCGCCGGAGAUCAAGCGCACCGAGCGGGGAACACAGACCAGCCCGCAGGACCUCAGCGCUUGCGUGCCGAACCCGAGGCUCCAGGACAUGUAUGUGACCAUGCACGGGGAGCGCGUGCACUUCGACGAAGACUGUCCGUAUAUCAGGGGGCACCAAAGGCGCUUAAAGCACCCAUGUGCCCGCUGUUUGAAUCUUGCCACAGCCAUGUGGGUUGAGCCCAAUGAUUGA